GAGUUCCAUACGCACGUUGCGUUGUAACAACGCUUCUCGAACAAGAAAGUACUGAAAAACUUCAAUUUUUGGCCCAUUUAAGUGGUCAAAUUUGGAAGUUCGGCAGCCAAUAUGGCGGCGGCCAUGGCGCAUAAUCCUCAUCUUAUAGAUGAAAAACUACAAGAGAAAGCCCGAAAAUGGCAACAACUUCAAUCCAAACGUUACAGUGAAAAGCGUAAGUUUGGUUUUGUGGAGGCRCAGAAGGAAGACAUGCCCCCUGAGCAUGUCAGGAAGAUCAUACGUGACCARGGCGACAUGUCAAGUAGAAAAUAUCGGCAUGACAAGCGAGUGUAUCUUGGGUAAGUUGAAUAGCCAUGA